AUGGCUGAACAGUUGAAUCACAACAUUCUACGACACAGAGGACAUUUGCCCAAUUUUUUACAUAUGCUACAACAAGAAGACAGAAUUGCGUGUUCGCAUUGGCUUGUGGAUGUGCAGUUUAUGAAAUUUGAGCCCAAUUGA